CGCACACGCAGGUCAAUGCUAUUCCCAUCGCCGCCAUGAGCCUCAGUGUGCCGUCGAGGCGGCUGCUCCGGGGUGCCCCGGCGCUCUCGUCAGCCUGCCCGACGACGACGACGAUGAUGGCGACGACAACAACGACGAGGCUGCUCCCAGCGCUGCAGUCACUCUCCCUCGCACCCACCGCCGCCCCGUCCCGCGCACUUCACACAACCCCGUCUAACCAGUGGUUCUGGAAGCGGAAUAAACCCGCCGAGGAGUCCCCCAUCAUGGAUCAGGUGCAGGGCACCCAGGAGACCCGCAAGGCCCUGGUCAAGAGCCUCACGUCGCGCGUCGAGGGCCCCGCCAUUUUCGAAGACGAGCUCAAGGAUACCGCCGCUCCCACCGAGCCCGGAGCCGUCGGGCAGCGCCAGCCCGCCACGUACACCCGCGCCGGCGCGUCGCUCGUCCGCGAGCACCUCGCCCGCGCCGUCGACCCGGACCCGCGCAGCCGCGUCCGCUGGGAGCGCAAGAUGGUCAUCCGCCAGGUCCACCGCGGCACCGACCCCUACAGCGUCGAGCCGCGCGCGGAGCGCAUCGCGCGCACCGAAAGGAAGCUGACGAGCAAGUCGCCCUGGCUCGCCACCAGCACCAAGAAGCUGGUCAAGCUGGCCCACCAGAUCCAGGGCAAGACCGUCGAUGAUGCGAUUGUGCAGAUGCGCUUUAGCAAGAAGAAGAUGGCGCAGGAGGUGCGGUACCAGCUCGAGCUGGCCCGCGACUUGGCCAUCGCCGAGCGCGGCAUGGGGCUGGGCUCCAAGAGCGCUGCUGCGAACGGAGAAGGGGAAGGGGCAGCGGCAGCGGCAGCGGAAGGGGAAGUGCGGCAGAGCGAGAACAAGAAGGUGAUCGAAAUCAGGACGAAGGACGGCAAGUGGGUCAAGAUCGACGAUCCGACGCGCAUGUACGUCGCCGAGGCGUGGGUGAACCGCGGGCCGUGGAGAGGCAAGUUGAUCGACUACCGCGCCAGGGGGCGGACCUACAUCAAGCAGAGGCCGACGGCGAGCAUCUCCAUCGUUCUCAAGGAAGAGAAGACCCGGAUACGCGAGCACGAAGAGCGCGUGGCCAAGCAGCUCCGCCAGGGCCCUUGGGUCCACCUCCCGGACCGUCCCGUCACUGCCCAGCGGCAGUACUAUUCGUGGUAAAUUAGGCGCUGAGGCAUCUUGGAGCGCAGAUCAUGUAUCACGGCUGGCUGCAGAUUGGGCGCUUACCCCCCACCGGGCAAUGAAAGCUGUCUCGCAGCUGACUUGUACCAUUACCGACGCGGCAGGGCAACAAGCACCCGUGCCAGCGUUUUUGUUUCGCCACAUUGGCGAGGCAUAUGUACAAAUAUACGGAAUAUAAAGAGCAGUUUCCGCUAGGGGC